AUGGACAAAAGAUUCGCUGUAACCCCAGUGGAGGCUAUGAUGGUACCAGAUCAUUAUCAACUUCCCGUCGAAUGCGAGUCAGAAGCAUCUGCUCUCGAUGCCUUUAUGAACUGCACAAAUCGCAUGAUCUGUUCGUGCGAAAAUAUGAAAGCACCGCAAACAUUUGAUUCUCGGACUCCGAAUAACGACGCCAACGCCAACAAGCCGCAAUGGAACGACGCUGCCACCGAGUCCAACAAGCUGCAAUGGAACUACGCCGCCAACGACUCCAACAAGCUGCAGUCGAAUGAAGCAAAUAUUGAAACUUAUCAUCCGCGAUCGUCUGCAUCGUGGCAUUCCAACACCACCCCAAAAGACUGGGCAAAUCGCCGGCGAUGUUGGCGCGCGGAUGUCCCGUGUGUGGCAAGCCAGCGACAGAGAGUUUCUCUCAUCAAAGCGGCGGAACCAGUUACUGAGUUCUUCCUCGCUUACGCCCCAACACCAAGCAACGAAGAAGAAGAAGUUGAAGCAUUCUACAUGGACCUGGAUGACUCCUACAGAGAAGAUCAUGCCCUCUACAAGGUCAUUGUUGGCGAUUUCAACAUCAAAAUUGGCCCUAGAAGAGUGUUCGUAUUUACUAGCUUUACCUACAUUUGGUUAACGAAGAUUUUAUGUCGGCAUUGGGUAUUGAAUCCUAUAAUUUCGCUUUCAGUUACAAUUUGCAUUGGCGCAAAGGUUACACUUGAACAUAACUAUCUCGAUAGCCUCACUGACCCUCCGGAAAAGCUGAAGAAGAUUUCUGAAUUUUAUCAUAAUCUUCGUCAGUUCUACAAGAGAAAAUGGAAUGCACCUUUGAGACUACCUACAGUUCAGGGUGUAGAAGUAAAUCUCUAUCGUCUUUAUGAUACAGUUAUGACUCUCGGAGGUUGGCAGAAGGUAGCAUUACAAGAGAAAUGGGCGGAUGUGGCAGAAAUGAUUGGUGUGGGUGAUGAUGUAGUUGGAGGUGACCACGCUAUCAAACUGCUGUACAUGAGAUACCUGUCAAAAUACGAACAGAUUGAGACCAUCGGUGAUAUAGAUGAUAUGUUGGAUGGAGAAAUGUCUCGCUCCAGGGGCAGACAAGUCUCUUUCUUUGCUACAAAUGACUGUCCUAUCGGAAUGGGGCGCAGCCACGAAUAUAUCCGUCGCGACGAUCGUGGAAAUCCUUCAACUGAUCCGGAUUACGGGAGAUUGAUCAAAUCUCUCUUGAGUGGAUUGCCAAAUGAGGUUGAUUUUGCUAUGAACGUUUGUACGUUGUUAUCUCAUCCUGGACCUCGACUCCUUAGGCUAUGUCAUGCACCAAAUAUAAUUACUCUCCUCAUGGCCCACUGUGGCAUUUUUGAUGAUGAGGACAAGGAUCUUUCGGAUCUUGCCACUGCAUGGCAUAAGAAUGGUGGUCGUGACUUCACCUCGUUUUGGGCCUCUGCUGGAAUCCCGAACGACUUCCUUGAAAAAUUCGCUCCACAAGCGGUUUUAAGAAAUGUGGACCUCGAUUCCGAUAUGUUCACUGGCUUAGCCAACGAAUUUGACGUAAGGGAUCCAAUGUCCUGGAGAAUUAAUCAGGUGUCAACUGUCGUGAGGAACUUGUCGUUUGAGCCGAUAAACCGUGUUACUAUGGCUCAAUGUUGGCCGUUGUUCAGAUUCUUAUUUCUUUGUGCAAGCAGCAAAUGGGCACCUCUGUAUACAGCGGCCAUGGAUACUUUGAGCAACCUCGCCUGCGAUAUAGAUCUGACCUGGCAUAAAAUGAUACAUUGUGCUGACCACGCACUCUUGCGCAUAAUUAGAAAAGGAAUAUUCAGUACUGACAAAUUCAAGCUCAUUCGGUCACUGGAAAUUCUGACUGCUCUUUGUAGCUUUGAGGGUAAUGAAGCUACUAUUUGCGAUUUCCUAGACAAGAAGAUCUUCGAGCACAUUUUUGAUAUUGUCUGUAUCAAGGAUAUUAUGAUGUGCGUAUAUACACUGGAGUGUUUAUACCAAAUAUCGGAAAUGGGUGAUGUAGCGUGCCAGUUACUGGCGGAAUUACCGAGAGCAAUUACUCAGCUGGUCUCAAUGGCUACUCUCGAAGCUGUCAGUUUUGGUCCAGCUGGCCUUGCCGGUAUGAAGGUGGUGGAAUACCAGCCUACUCAUUUGAUUCAGCCGCACGUUGUGCAACAACAUCAUGGUCAACUCACAAUACAACAUCAUCAAGCACAACAAGUUCAGCAGCAGUCGAGGGUUUUGUAUUCUGGAAGUGCUCAAAUCGCUGCCGCUCCACAACAGAUGCGACAUUUGAUGCAACAACAACACGUGCAACAUACAAACGUUCACGUGCCACAUCCUCCACAGCACGGGUCGCUGCUGCCACAAACGUCAAGAACCCAUUUCUCUCCUGCUCCUAACGUCACUGCUGGGACGCAGAGCAGUAGUGCAGGAGAAAACAAGGUAGACCAGCUAACAGAGCAAUGGAUACGUCAGAACUGUAUUUUGGAUCACAGUGCGGUGACUCCUCGCGGGGAAUUGUACGCUGCCUACGUCGAUGAUCUACGCAAUCAGUAUCAUUCUCUCAGUGGUAGCUUAGCGAUGUUCAGCAACGUCAUGAAGAGUAUAUUUCCCGAACUUGUGUUCAAAAUGGCAGACAAUGGAUUGAUGAUGGUUGCGCAAGGAAUUAGACUAGUGAAGCCACAUAGACUCGCUCCUGCUGCUUCAGCACAGGUUGUGUCGGGAAAUUCAAGUAUUAGUUCAAGUGCAGUUCCGACGGCAGCGGCAGCAGCUCCUGGUGUUUCUUCUCAGUUUUCAUUACACUCUGCAACUAUCGCUGCUCAUCCUCUGAUGAAGCAAAUUCUUGCAAAGAAUGCGCAAACACCUACUUCUAUUGCUGCAAAUGGUGUGAAUGGCACUGCUGCCAGCAGUUCUAUAUCGAGGUCCACAUCUCCUGCUCUAGACACUAGUUCUGAGAAUAAAGAAGAAGAUCAUUUGAAAUGCGAAGUUGCUAGAGGAACCGAGGAAUCCAAUAAUAAGGUCAAUGGACAAAGCGACUGUAAGCAGAACGGUACAACUACUUCAGAAGAUGGAGGCAGCGAUGACGAGAAGUCAAGUUCUUGCAAGAUUUCCACUCGCAAAAACUCCGAGUCUUUGUCGCACAACCUGGUGAAUAAGGUUGAAACACCUGCAGAAUAUAUGUGUGAAUGGGAUGGAUGUGCUGUUUUGUUUGUCACAGCUUAUUCGGUCUUAUCACAUGUUGUGAAGGAACAUAUUGUUGAUGAAGGCGAGCAAGUGUGUCAGUGGCCAGGGUGUGAUGGAACUCUCAGAAGCAAGUGGUCCUUGGUUACUCACAUUCAGGACCACCAUGCGAAUGAGACCGCAUUAAAAAUGGCUUUGCAACGGAGGAAAGAUGGCUUAGUUCCUGCCCAGCCUAUACGAUACAAACAUGAACUUCCUCGCGAAGUGCCUCAUCACCCUGGCUACAGCAAGCAUGCUGCCAUUGAAGCCAUUAGGAGACAUGCGUUCAAUUUUCUACCGCGAGAUAUUACAGAUGAACCUGAAGGUCCUGUGACCAAAAGUAUUCGUCUUACAAGCGCUUUGAUAUUGAGAAAUUUAGCACGAUACUCAGCUACCGGGAGACACUUACUCCGUCGACAUGAACGACAUUUGUGUUGGCUAGCUUUGUCUCGUCUAGAGAGUAGCCAUGCGCUUGCUCAGCUGCUUUCGGAACUUCACGAGCACGACACUUUGCCUGCUUCUCAAAGUGUUCCUCAUAUUCCUCAACUCUGCCAAUAA